GUACAUUUUAUAACCUGCCUUUCUACGAUGAACGGCAUCGCAAGAGUCUCUCAACUGGUCAAACGAGCGUUUCGGUCCACUUGUUUACCCGGUGUUUACACGCGCCGCGGGUUAACGUGCGCCGAUGUUUACCCGUUUACGCUCCCUAAUGUCUCAAACCCAGGAAGCGUUCAUGUCAGGAACUACAGUCGGGAGUCGGGGGACGAUAACAACAACAAUCCAGGGCAGUACGUGUGUUAUAAUCUUUCUCACAGGAGUUUGUUGAAAAUCCAAGGACAAGACACACAGUCGUUUCUUCAAGGAAUCGUCACUAACGACAUGGGGCUCUUUGACGAGCCGGACCACAGAGCUAUGUACGCCCACAUGCUAAACGUGCAAGGAAGGACACUCUAUGAUAUUCUCUUGUACAGCCUGAGGGAAGCCGAGGAAGGGUGUGAUCUCCUCCUCGAGUGUGACAGCAUGGUAAAAGAUGCAAUUUUAAAACACUUGAAGGUUUACAAGCUACGCCGGAAGGUGACCAUAAACCUCUGCCAAGACCUGUCUGUUUGGGCAGUGCUAUGUCCGAGAAAACCCCAAGGUCAAGGAAUGGCAAAACCCAAUAUCGUUUUCCCAGAAAAGACUCUGCUAUUGGAGAUGGACCCCCGAACUGAAGCCAUGGGCUGGAGAUUAGUGUUGGACAGUCAGGUUGACCCCUUGACUAUUAUCGCACCAAGUCAGCAAGGUGACACAGAAGAGUACCAUAGACAUCGAUAUACAAUCGGACUUCCUGAAGGUGUGAAGGACUUUCCUCCCGGGGUAGCCCUCCCGCUAGAGUCCAAUCUUGUCUACAUGCAGGGCAUCAGCUUCAGUAAAGGCUGUUACAUUGGCCAGGAGCUCACAGCCAGGACCCAUCAUACCGGGGUGGUUCGGAAACGCCUGAUGCCAGUGCGCCUGUCCACCGCUGUUGAAAGCAGUGAGGAAGGGGCAUCACUCCAAACUCAGUCCGGGAAGCCUGCUGGGAAACACAGGGCAGGGAUUGGGAAGCUUGGGCUGAGCCUAAUUCGCCUGGCUCAUGCCAAAGAGGUGUUAGUGCUCAAAUCUUCUGAAGAUGCCACUGUGACAUUGGAGGCCUCUGUGCCAGACUGGUGGCCCAAAGACUCAAACGCCAAGUAAAGCAGGUGCAGUUUUAGUAUUUUGGUAAAUGGGACACGCAUCAUAAAACACUGAAAGUAUAUUGCACUAUAGCUGCUUCACCAGCGAUGUGGCACUGCAUUAGAAUUGUUAUCCCACUUUUCCUUUUAUAUUGAGUACCUCCAGAGCCUCAGAUUAUAUAUAGUUCAUGUUUUGGUGUUUAACAAAUGUAUAAUGAUGAUUUGUUUCAGUUGUAAAAUAAAUUCACAGA